AUCUCUGGGGAUCCCUGCUGCCAGGUAAGAUUUGGCUUUUCUUCUUCUCUUUGCUGAUUCACCUUUCAGAGAGAAUGUCCUUUAGCUGGGUUCAUGGGUGAACAGUCUCUGUACCAGCCUUCUGUGUCCACCCAUUGCAGCAAGUGCAGCUCCUGUGCCUGCGGGCUGACACGCAGUAAAGGCACGUCUAAGGAGGCUUACUGCAAAUGGGGGAGGUUCCGGGGGGGGGAAGGACAUUUUUCCAUUGCCUGGAGUUUGAAUGAGUGAAGGGAGACUCUUCAGGAACUGCCUAGACUUGUCUCAGCCCGCUGCAUGCAUGUUGAGGGAUGAGUCCGUCCUUGGAGCUGACCAUGAGGCACAGCUCCACAUGCCAGCUCCCGGGAGGGUGAGCGCCACUGCCGCCAGAGCUGUGUCACAGAGACAGAGGAUACCAUCAUGGAGGUUUCAUCAAAAGAAAAUACUCGCUUUUUCUCAAACAACACAAUCCUGCCCGUGGACCGAUCUUCAUUCAAAUCUGAAUCUUCUGCAUCCAGGGAAAAACACUCGUGUUGUGGAGGUAUAAAGAUAUUUCUCGGUGCAUUGUCUUUUGUUUAUUUUGCUAAAGCACUGUCAGGAAGUUAUCUAAAAAGUACUAUCACACAAAUAGAAAGAAGAUUUGAUAUCCCUUCCUCUUUGGUUGGCGUUAUUGAUGGAAGUUUUGAAAUUGGGAACCUCCUAAUCAUAAUUCUUGUAAGCUACUUUGGAGCAAAGCUUCACAGGCCAAGAAUAAUUGGAGCAGGCUGCUUAAUUAUGUCAGCUGGAACAUUCCUAAUUGCGAUGCCCCAGUUCUUCAUGGGACGAUAUCGCUAUGAAAGAUUCCCUUCCACCAUCAACUCGACUGUUAACAUCUCUCCAUGUCUGCAGGAUAAAAGCCAAACUCCACUCACAUCCUUGGAAAAGUCUCAAGCAAAAAUAAAUGAAGGAUGUGAAAAGGAAGCAGGCUCUUCCAUGUGGAUCUACGUUUUACUUGGAAAUCUUUUGCGUGGAAUAGGUGAAACCCCUAUCCAGCCUCUGGGAAUUACAUACAUUGAUGAUUAUGCCAUAGAAGAGAACGCUGCCUUAUAUAUUGGCUGUGUACAGACAGUGGCAAUUAUAGGGCCAAUAUUUGGCUUUCUUCUGGGAUCCCUGUGUGCCAAACUUUAUGUUGACAUAGGCUUCGUAGAUCUGGACAGCAUCACAAUAACUCCCAAGGACGUGCAGUGGGUGGGAGCGUGGUGGCUGGGUUACUUGAUAGCCGGUGUGAUCAGCGUUCUGGCCGGCAUCCCCUUCUGGUUCCUGCCGAAGCACCUCCCAAAACCGGAGAGCAGGAAGGACUCCAGCACCUCUUCUGAGCAGUCCAAGUUCAUCAUCGAGGAUAACAAGGACCAACACAAACCUUAUCAGCAAAAAACGAAGAUUGCUGAGAUGGCAAAAGACUUCUUUCCAUCACUGAAGUGCCUCUUUGGGAAUCCAGUUUACAUUCUGUAUUUGUGUGCAAGUAUCAUUCAGUUCAAUUCUUUAAUUGGCAUGGUGACAUAUAAGCCAAAGUAUAUUGAACAACAGUACGGGCAAACAUCUUCAAAAACUAACUUUGUUAUAGAAAACAUCUUCGCAAUUUCUCUUUUUCCUCAGAACCAAACUGAUUACGAGCAAGCCGUGUUUUCAGAGUGCAAUUCCGGCUGCUCGUGUUCCAAGGACGACUGGGACCCCAUCUGUGGAGAAAAUGGAGUUACCUACAUUUCUGCCUGUCUCGCCGGCUGCCAGGCGUCCAACGGCAGUGGGAAAAACACCGUAUUUUUUAACUGCAGCUGUGUGGGAACCUUUGAAUCUUCACAAAGCUCCUCAGCUGUGGUGGGACCGUGUCAAAAAGGAAAUGAGUGUCCAAAAAUGUUUCUGUAUUUUCUAGUAAUAUCGGUUAUCACUUCAUACACUUUGUCAGUAGGUGGCACACCCGGAUACAUCCUGCUUCUAAGAUGCAUUAAACCCCACUUGAAAUCAUUUGCACUUGGUAUCUAUACCCUGGCAAUAAGAGUACUUGCGGGAAUUCCAGCCCCAGUGUAUUUUGGAGUAGCCAUAGAUACCACUUGCCUGAAAUGGGGCAGCAAAAGAUGUGGGGGAAGAGGAGCGUGCAGACUCUAUGACUCCAGUGCACUCAGGUAUGUGUACCUGGGGCUGACUUUGGUGUUGGGCACGGUGUCCAUUUUCUUCAGUGUUGCUGUCCUUUGGGUUCUCCGGAAAAGGUCUUCUCCAGCAGAUGAGACCCUCUCAGCCAACGGGGAGAGAGGCACCUGUGGGACAAAGAGCAGAAAAGAUAAUUUUGUCAAUAGUGACUGUUUAAUUCAGUCAACUUACUGGCCAGAAAAGGAGACUAGACUUUAGGAAGACUGAGAUCUCCACCGUGAUUUUACCCAGUGAGUGGUGUUCCAGGCAAAAAUUCAUCGUCAGUGAAGCAGUAUCUUAGUAUCCACCCUGAAAAUGUUCAACUUCGUGUAAUUUUCACUGUAAAUGCCAAAAGAAAAGACAACCAUUUUUAGCAGAUGUACAGCUCUGAAUACACUGCUCACCAAUUUUUCUGCUGAGUGAGGGGAGGACUUACAGCUGGGGAGGGGCAGCUUCCUCCCUCACCAAGAAACCGUUUUUACGGCUGCUCCUCAUCUCCCUCCCUCAUCAAACUGCAACAGCUGCUGCUGCCCUUCUGUGUGUGAGGGGUAGUGGAGAGGCUGCCAUGCAGCUCUCUCUGCCGUGGAGCCAGCCCAAGAGGAGCUGGUGCACAAAACCUGACUUGGCAGCCUGGAAGGUGGAGGGAUCUUCGGCACGUAGCCCACCCUUGCAAACAGUGCAGCACGGGGCAGGAGGAAGGUGGUUUGCUGGAAGGUGAAAUCAGCUACAGGCUCUGGGCAUCUCAUGAAUUCAACCCAUAACACUUAGGACAUCAAAUGUUGUGGUUAGGGAUCCUUUUUCAAGUAACUCUGUCAUAAUACAACAGUAACAGCAAUAAAAGCUGUCGUUGCAGGCAAAGAGACCACAAGAGUAUUGACCAAAGGAAACUGGAAUAAAAUAGAGCUUUUUUAGGUUUUCAGCAGUUUCUUGCUACUUGCUAGUACUCAGUGUACUAAAUAAUUCCAUGCACUUUAUUCAAUGUAAUAACACCAUGAUAAAAGAUACGUAUGAUUUAUUUUU